GUGUCUAAAAAUGCGUGCUAAUACUAUGCGAUGGACCAACUGUUUGAGCCCAAAGCCAACAAAACGCCUAUAUAUGCAAAUGCAGAGUGCUUUUGCGAAAACCAACACCGGCUAUUGACUGCCACCUGCAACCAACUGCUAGUCGCCGCUUGAGAGAAACAGCGCGGUUUUCAUUCAUCAUCCAUCGUCCAUCAUCUAUGCAUAAACGAUACACUCGAGUCCACUCUAUCGUCAUGAGUCUCAACACAUUCCUUCUUGCACUCAUUACUGGGGUGAUUGUCGCCGGUAUUGACAUGGGUCAACCGUUCGUGAAGUCGCAGCUUUUAUCCCGCGGUAUUGCGAUUGAACGCAAGACACGCAACUCCGUCCUUGGCAAAGUGAGACACUUUCCAAGCUGUUCGCCAUCAUCGAUUCUAAUCAUGUCCACAGAUGUGCUGCACAGAGGUCUUCGAACACUGCGAGGCCGGACAUUAUUGCGCACCUGUCGCUGGAGACCGCUGUCUCGAGGUACCUUGGCUUCUUCCCCGUUUGAAGAACAAGCUGACGAUAUGGCGAAGGGCGGGACUAUCGAUGACUGCGGGAAAGCAGAAGGCGUUGGUAUCCAGGUUGUUGUUAAUGAUGUGGAUGUGACGACAGUCAGUGUAACGAGGACAAUGACAACAGUCAUCACCCUCUUCUCAACUCUCGGGACAACCACAAUUGCAGACCCUAAACUGCUUAUCCGCCAAUCGACGACAGAGGAAGUAUCGACAGGUUAUGAUGUCCAUAUUGAGGUACCGACCAUCACAGAAACCAUGGCACUGCGUAUCGGCUCGUCCGAAACCGUCCGGCGGGGGCCAUCACCGGCCUCGUUGCAGGCUACAAUGAUGGUCAUUCUGUUUGCUUGGUGACACUGUAGUCGGGUUAUACCCAUUUGGAACUUGUCCUGGAUCCGUUCGGAAAGGCGGGAGGAAGUUGGUCCGUGUCCACGAGUAGUUUGAUGGUAAACCAAGAAAA